AUACAAAUUACGGGAGUUUCCCGGGAGAAAUUACAAAACGGGAGGGGGACGGGAGAUGGGUGUGAAAUACGAGAGACUCCCGGGGAAAACGGGAGUGUUGACAGGUAUGCUUUAUACUGUCUCGCUCCUGUUUAGAUGCGUUACUUUCGCUUUCCGGAUCAGUGCUGUUAUAUGUGUGUCUUUAUACACAGUUUCUCCUUCUUCCCUUUCCCAGCGAAACACGGGGUGUCGCUAUUCACUAAGAAGGGAAAUCCCCUCGCUCUCUUUUCUUGCUGCCCGUCUGCAUGAUUGAAGCUACGCGUGUAUUUUACUGCACGGCUGCAGACAGGUGGGGGUUUGCUGUCUCUUUCCUCUCCGAAUUGCGGAUAGUCACUGAUGAACAAUAGGUUAAGGGAAGAUAUUUAUGUUUAACUCAUCCGAAGAUGUCGGGGGAACGCAAACGAAGCUUAUUUUUAUAUCAGGUACCGUGGAAAAGCUUUGCGUUUUUUCUUGUGACUGUCAGUAUGUGCUUUGGAGACGUUCGCUAUUCUAUUCCCGAGGAAAUGAAACACGGAUCUGUUAUUGGAAACAUCGCACGGGAUCUAGGAGUAGAUGUUGAAACGUUCGCUCAUCGGAGAGCUCGUACCGACUUUCAGGGAGGUAAACGAUAUUGCGACAUUAACCUGCAGACUGGAGACCUUACUGUGAAUGAGAGAAUGGACCGCGAGGAGCUGUGCGCGCAGAGGCCCUCGUGCGCUGUGAAUUUCGAGAUAUUUUUUGAAACCCCUGUGGAAUUGCAUCGGAUUGUGCUGGACAUACAAGAUAUAAAUGACAAUUCUCCUACAUUCCCAAAUGAUGUGAUUAAUUUAGAAAUAGGAGAAUCUGCAUUUAAAGGAGCUCGGUUCUCUAUAGACGAGGCCCACGAUGCAGAUACGGGACUCAAUUCAGUGCAGGGCUAUGCUCUCAGUGCGAACGAGAAUUUUAAUUUGGUUGUUCAUACCAGUGCCGAUAUAGGUAAAUAUGCAGAAAUUGUGCUGGAAAAUGAACUGGAUCGUGAGAAGCAGAAUGAACUCUCUCUGGUUUUGACGGCUUAUGAUGGCGGUACUCCGCAGAUGUCUGGUACUGUAGUUAUACACGUCACUGUGCUGGAUGCUAACGAUAAUAUCCCCGUGUUUACGCAGUCCGUGUAUAAGGUGAGUCUUCCUGAGAAUGCGCCAUUAGAUUCUGCAGUGGUGAAAGUUACCGCUACCGAUGCGGAUGAGGGAGCGAAUGGCGAGGUGACGUAUGAAUUCAGUCACAUUUCUGCGAAAGUUAAAAACACAUUUGAUAUUGACCGGAGUUCUGGAGAAAUUAAACUGAAGCGGCCGUUAGAUUUCGAGGACACGAGCUUCUUUGAGAUCCGCGUUAAAGCGAAAGACGGAGCAGGUCAAGCAGCGACCUGCAAAGUCAUUGUUGACAUUAGAGAUGUUAAUGACAACGCGCCUGAUAUUCUUAUUAAAUCUAUGAAUUCACUGGUUCCCGAGGACUCUCCCAUUGGCACCGAAGUUGCGAUUAUAAACAUACAGGACAAAGACUCGGGAGACAAUAGUAGACUUAGGUGCCAUAUUCAACCCAACUCGCCUUUCAAAAUAAUACCUACAGUUAAAAACUAUUAUUCCUUGGUCACUAAUGAUCAACUGGACCGCGAAUUAGUGUCUGAUUACAACAUUACAAUCACUGCUACCGACGAGGGCUCUCCGCCUUUGUCUUCCUCUAAAACUGUGCAGUUGUCUGUAUCGGACGUGAACGACAACCCGCCUGUAUUUGAUGAACAGUCUUACAGCGCCUAUGUGUGUGAAAAUAACAAACCCGGCUCCUCUGUUAUUACUGUAAGGGCGAGAGACCCGGACUGGAGACAGAACGGCACGGUGUUCUAUUCUCUGCUGUCGAGUGAAGUCGGCGGUGUUCCGGUUUCGUCGUUUUUAUCCAUUAACGGAGACACGGGAGUGAUCCAUGCUGUGAGAUCAUUUGAUUAUGAGCAGUUCAGAAGCUUUAAAGUCCUCGUUGUUGCCAGAGACAAUGGUUCUCCUCCACUGAGCAGCAACGUGAGUGUGAGCGUCUUCAUAACAGAUGAGAAUGAUAACUCUCCGCAGAUAUUAUACCCUGCUCCAGCAGGGAGCUCCUUCAUGACUGAGAUGGUCCCCAAAGCUGCUCAGGCGGGCUCCCUGGUUUCCAAGGUGAUCGCUGUGGAUGCGGACUCUGGACAGAACGCGUGGCUGUCCUAUCAGAUGGUGAAAUCCACAGACCCGGGACUUUUCACUAUUGCUGUCCACAGCGGAGAGAUCAGGACACAGCGGGACAUUUCUGAAUCUGACAGUAUGAAGCAGAUCCUUGUUAUCUCAGUGAAAGAUAACGGACAGCCCUCUCUGUCUACAAGCUGCUCGGUGUAUCUGCUGAUUUCGGACAACUUGGCAGAAGUUCCCGAGUUGAAAGAUAUGUCUUAUGAGGAGAACAAUUCCAGAUUAACGUCAUAUUUGAUCAUCGCCCUGGUGUCCGUCUCCACCUUCUUCCUGACCUUCAUUAUUCUGAUUGUAGCGGUGAGGUUUUGCCGCAGAAGAAAGCCCAGACUGUUGCUUGACGGCGCAGUCGCCAUUCCCAGCGCAUAUUUCCCCCCCCAACUACGCAGAGCAGGGAGCUCCUUCAUGACCGAGAUGGUCCCCAAAGCUGCUCAGGCGGGCUCCCUGGUUUCCAAGGUGAUCGCUGUGGAUGCGGACUCUGGACAGAACGCGUGGCUGUCCUAUCAGAUGGUGAAAUCCACAGACCCGGGACUUUUCACUAUUGCUGUCCACAGCGGAGAGAUCAGGACACAGCGGGACAUUUCUGAAUCUGACAGUAUGAAGCAGAUCCUUGUUAUCUCAGUGAAAGAUAACGGACAGCCCUCUCUGUCUACAAGCUGCUCGGUGUAUCUGCUGAUUUCGGACAACUUGGCAGAAGUUCCCGAGUUGAAAGAUAUGUCUUAUGAGGAGAACAAUUCCAGAUUAACGUCAUAUUUGAUCAUCGCCCUGGUGUCCGUCUCCACCUUCUUCCUGACCUUCAUUAUUCUGAUUGUAGCGGUGAGGUUUUGCCGCAGAAGAAAGCCCAGACUGUUGCUUGACGGCGCAGUCGCCAUUCCCAGCGCAUAUUUCCCCCCCAACUACGCAGAGGUAGAGGGAGCAGGAACUCUGCGCAGUUCUUACAAUUAUGACACGUACUUAACAACGGGCUCGCGCACCAGCGACUUCAAGUUCGUCAGUUCUUACAAUGACGUCACUCUCCCCGCUGAUCAGACGCUGAAGAGGAGUCCCAAUCAAAGCAUUGAACAGGGUGUAGCAGCAGCGGGUGAAGUAAAUGAGAUAUUAUACCCUGCUCCAGCAGGGAGCUCCUUCAUGACCGAGAUGGUCCCCAAAGCUGCUCAGGCGGGCUCCCUGGUUUCCAAGGUGAUCGCUGUGGAUGCGGACUCUGGACAGAACGCGUGGCUGUCCUAUCAGAUGGUGAAAUCCACAGACCCGGGACUUUUCACUAUUGCUGUCCACAGCGGAGAGAUCAGGACACAGCGGGACAUUUCUGAAUCUGACAGUAUGAAGCAGAUCCUUGUUAUCUCAGUGAAAGAUAACGGACAGCCCUCUCUGUCUACAAGCUGCUCGGUGUAUCUGCUGAUUUCGGACAACUUGGCAGAAGUUCCCGAGUUGAAAGAUAUGUCUUAUGAGGAGAACAAUUCCAGAUUAACGUCAUAUUUGAUCAUCGCCCUGGUGUCCGUCUCCACCUUCUUCCUGACCUUCAUUAUUCUGAUUGUAGCGAGGUAG